AUGUCUGCACCAACUUCCCCCAAACCCUCUCCCAGACCCUCCUUCGACUCCGAAGACCGCCCAGAGUCCCAGGAUCAUACGACAAAAGCUACAGGGUCCGGCCACACCCGCUCCGCUAGCGACAUGUCCCGAGACUACAGCCCCCGACGACGAUCGAUCCAGUUUAGCGUCGGAGCCGCGGAAGCCCAGCUGCCGGCUCGGAAGUCCAGUUUCAAGGAAAAGCGGCUGUCAUACGGCGAUACUCCGACCAGAGAGAGGGAAUUGGAAGAGAGGGAUAGGGAGCACAAGGCGGCUCUGGCGAAUCGAGGGCCGUCUCCGCCUCCACCAAAAACUUACGAGCGAGGCGUCUCCUUUGAUACUUUUGAUAAUUUCGACGCGACUGAUUUCUCCCUUACGUUGAACUACAAGCAUAAAGGUUACCAGAGCACGCGACGCAGCAGGACCUUUCUGUGCGGCACGGAUCAGAACGAUUAUUCCGAGUUUGCGCUUGAAUGGCUUAUCGAUGAGUUGGUGGAUGAUGGAGAUGAAAUUGUCUGUCUACGGGCUGUGGAGAAGGAUUCGCGCAUAGCCAGUGACGUCGGUAUUGAAGAGGGCAAAUACCGACAGGAAGCAGAGAAGCUGUUUGAGCAGGUUAUCCAGAAAAACAGCCAGGAUGAAAAGGCAAUCAGUCUGGUGCUGGAACUUGCAGUCGGCAAGGUCGAGAGUAUCAUUCAGCGCAUGAUUCGCAUAUACGAACCUGCAAUGCUCGUCGUGGGCACUCGCGGCCGCAAUUUAAAAGGAGUGCACAGUCUACUACCUGGCUCGGUCUCGAAAUACUGUCUCCAACAAUCACCCAUCCCUGUCAUUGUCGUGCGUCCAUCCCCGAAGCGCCAGAAAAAGAAACUCAAGCGCCGGGCGGACCCUACACGCCGAAGUUACAACCAUAUCCUGGAAUUAAGCGAGCAGCGCGGUAGUCGCAUCUUCGACGCUAGCUCUAGCACUGAAAGCAGUACCUCGAAACUACCAGACGAGGAAGCCGCAGUGGCCGAAGCCCUAGGCCUCCCUGCUUCAUAUUCAAAUGCGAACUCGCGAAGCUCAUUAUCAGUCUCAGAUCGAAGCAGUCUCAGCGUCGAUGAAUCGGACUCGACUUUUCCGGCGCGAAAUUCACUGGAUGCUGUCCUCAUGGGGAGUCCAGCUGAGAGCUCCCAAGAGAGCAUCAUUGCUGGCGAUGAAAGUGGCCAAACCGACUCUUCGCCAGAUGGCGCAGCGGACCGUUCUUUGAUUGUCGAACAAGAUGAUUCAAACGAUGACUCCUCGGCGGCUGAGACGGAAAAGCCCGAGGCAGAUGACACGCCUGCGAACAAGGCCCCGGUAUCCAUUCCUGUUAUUGAAGUGUCAAAUGACAACGAGCAGGAUAAGGAUGUCGCGAAACCCCCUCAAAAACAUGCAUAG